UCUCGGCCUUAGCGCCAUCUUCGGAGGUGGGUGUCUGUGCUGCUGUGUUCGGUUUCCGAGUACAAUCCACUAACAUCUGAUCUCUGCAGUUACCAUCGUUAUAGCAAACUAACUGCAGACUUUUUUUCUUUCCCCGUAGAAACCUCCGCGCCAUGAGAGCGAAGUGGAGGAAGAAGCGAAUGCGCAGGCUGAAGCGCAAAAGAAGAAAGAUGAGGCAGAGGUCCAAGUAAACUUGUACACCCAUGGAAGCCACAGGAGCAGAAACACGGGAAGCCAGAGGCCAGGGACGCUGGUACAAAUUGUUGGACUGCUUGCCUACUGUCUAGAAUUUGUCUCAGUGGAUCUGGAACAUCGAUGGCCAUUCUGAUCGCCUCGACCGCCUUUGAGAGACCCACUUUGCUCGUAUCGAAACGGCCCCUUUUGGCCCUUUGCCCUGGACCUUUUGACAUACUGGACUAGUUCUAUUCUCAGUUGUGGCUGAAUGUAACAUGUAACAAUAAAUCAUAUCUUUUGCUGUCUUAGCUGAAGAAAAAAAUUCGUCUUGUGUGUUAUGUGAUUUUUAUGGUUCAUUGGCUGGGGAUUCUGUACCAGUACAGUCGACCUCUCUACCCCGUGAUGUAGAGGAAGUCAAGCAAGCUCCUUAGGCUGCAAGUCGGGUGUGGGGGUUCUGGCCCUCGGAGCUGCUGGAGCAUUGGGUGCCCUUUACUUCCUGGAAAGGGUGUUACACACGUCAGGGAGAGUGUUCAAGCUGAUCUCGCGGGCACAGGGGCAAAAUGUGGUUCCCCUCCUCCCUUGUCUAGGCCUGCAUUACAAAGUCGUUUUGGGGGCUCUUGGCUGUUGGGUCAGGUUGCCAUGGUGACACGCAAAGCUUGCUGGGAACUUCCUGCGGCUUGUCGCGCAAGUACUUCGCACACCAUAGAGUGUGGUUCCGGGUCUGGUGGCUAGAGUGUCAUUUCUUCCGCAGGAAGCGGAAGGGCGAUAGGGUAGGCGGCUCUUUGUCGAAGCUAGAGGACCGGCAGGCGGCAGCAGCAACUACGGCGGCGGCGGCAGAACCCAGCAGUGAUGUGGAGGUGGAGACCCACAGGAGCCCCGGACUUCACCUGAGCUACCUCAGCAGUCACCAAGGGUGGCAAGAAAAGGAAGAAAGCCCUGAGUUGGGGGGGACCAGGAUGCCUGACCGGGACAGCUAUGCCAACGGCACUGGGAGCAGCGGUGGAGGCCCUGGAGGCGGUGGCAGCGAGGAGGCCAGUGGGACAGGGGCAGGCAGUGGCGGGGCCAGCUCAGAUGCUAUCUGUAGAGACUUCCUGAGGAAUGUGUGCAAGCGAGGCAAGCGUUGCCGCUAUCGCCAUCCGGACAUGAGUGAGGUGUCCAACUUGGGGGUGAGCAAAAACGAGUUCAUCUUCUGCCAUGACUUCCAGAACAAGGAGUGUAGCCGCCCAAACUGCCGAUUCAUCCAUGGCUCCAAGGAGGAUGAGGAUGGCUAUAAGAAGACAGGAGAACUGCCCCCUCGGCUGAGGCAGAAAGUGGCAGCCGGCCUGGGCCUUUCACCAGCUGACCUACCGAAUGGGAAGGAGGAGGUCCCUAUCUGCCGUGACUUUCUCAAGGGUGAUUGCCAGAGAGGCGCCAAGUGCAAGUUCCGUCACCUGCAGCGGGAUUUUGAGUUUGAUGCCCGAGGUGGAGGAGGUGCUGGUGGUGGGGGCUCAACAGGCCCAGUUCCCCCAGGACGACGUCAUGACCUCUAUGAUAUCUACGACCUCCCUGACAGGGGCUUUGAGGACCAUGAGCCAGGCCCCAAGCGCCGGCGAGGUGGAUGCUGCCCCCCAGAUGGCCCCCAUUUUGAAUCAUAUGAAUACAGCCUGGCUCCACCCCGAGGGGUGGAGUGCAGGCUACUAGAGGAAGAGAAUGCCAUGCUCAGGAAGCGGGUAGAGGAGCUAAAGAAGCAGGUCAGCAACCUUCUGGCCACCAACGAGGUACUGCUGGAACAAAAUGCCCAGUUCCGCAAUCAGGCUAAGGUCAUGACCCUGAGCUCCACUGCACCAGCAACUGAGCAGACUCUGGCCCCCACCGUGGGCACUGUCGCCACUUUUAACCAUGGCAUCGCCCAGACUCACACUACUCUCAGCAGCCAGGCUCUACAGCCUCGCCCCGUGUCCCAGCAAGAACUGGUGGCCCCUGCGGGAGCUCCAGCUGCUCCCCCAGCUAAUGCUGCACCGCCUGCUGCUCCACCACCCCCACCCCCACACUUGAACCCAGAGAUCACGCCACUGUCGGCUGCUCUGGCUCAAACAAUUGCCCAGGGAAUGGCACCCCCACCUGUCUCCAUGGCUCCUGUGGCUGUAUCUGUGGCUCCUGUGGCUGUAUCGAUGGCCCAACCCUUGGCAGGAAUCACAAUGAGCCACACCACCACUCCCAUGGUGACUUACCCCAUCGCCUCCCAGAGCAUGCGUAUCACAGCCAUGCCACACUGAUGGGGCUAAUGGACAUUCCCCUGGUAUAGCCUCCCAGGGCUGGGGUCGAGGGGCCCUUACCUACCCACUCGCCUAGCCCUCCCAGGCCCUGUCCAAAGGGCUCACUCAUGAACUAGGACAAGAGACUACAGGAGUUUGCUUCUGAGCAGGGGUUGGGUUGGUGUGUUUUCUCUCACCUCCCUUUUAUGAGGGUCCUCUUGUCCAUCUUCCAGCCUCACAGAGGGGGCUUGCAUAGGAAUGCAGACUGAAGCCAGCAGAGGAAGGACUGACUGAGGGGUUGUGUGUUCUCUGAUGGGAAUUUGGGGGACAUCGUUGGUCUUGUCCUCUCUUCUGCACAGCACAGGUUCCAGCACUGGCUUUGGAAGAAAAAAAUACCCUGCCCAGAGGGGAAGCCAGGAAAGAUUGGGAAGUGGGUGGCCAGGAGAGAAGGCCUGAUAGGAGCCUUCAGACAAUUUGGGGCCUAGCUGAGUUGGACAAUACAGGAACUGCUCCUGGGCCCAUGGGAAGGCGGGGACCAUAGUACUCCAGCCCAAAGACUAGGGGAGCAUUCAUUACCUUGGCUUGGCCUGGACAUCCAUAGGGCAGGGCCCACCACGUUCCAAAGAAAUAAAAAAAAUAUAUUUUUAACAAA